AUGGAGGCAAGCCACCAGCACAAAGCAACCAUCGGGGGCAAAGUGUGGAAGAAGCUAGCAUUGAAGAAGAAAACACCGUCGCAACCGCCACGAGAAAGUGAGGCGAGACGAGAAACAGAACUAAGAGAAGAAGAGGAUACGGAAUCGCCCUCCGCUAUAGAGCCUUCUUUUAAGCCUAUACUUUCACCACCCACCGAAGAAGUCGAAUCCGGUAAGAAGAUCGAAUCUCUGUCGUCCUCGAAAAGCGGCGCCGCCACGACGUCGAAAAGGGUCACGCCGAAGAAAGCCACGCCGAAGAAAGCCACGCCGAAGAAAGCCACGCCGAAGAGCUCCUCCAAAAAGCAGCCGUCAAAAAAACACUCGAAAAUACCGGAAACAUCAGUAGAAAAUAGCGGAACACGAGAGUCGCGAGAAGGCUCCCAAACAAUACCAAUGAAUGAGUUUCUCGAUGAAAUGAUGUCUUGGAAGAUGGUACCACCAUCGCCGAUGGCUCCAGACCUGCUGGCCGGCUCCGGUGCCGGCGCCCUUCCUGGAGUAGUAACCUCGGCCAAAAACCCACCUAAAUUCAAGACCAAGAAAAAGGCACCUAAGACAGCGCCAUCGAAGUCAUCCACGGCUCGCCUGAAGCCUGAAGCCAUCAACGCGAAGACCACCCACCCUGAACAGGUCGAGCAAACUGAGCAAAUGAAGCAAAUGAAGCAAACUGAACAGGGUGAACGGGCUGAUCAAAUGGAGCGAACUGAGCCAGCGAAGCAAGCUGCGGAACAAGUCGAGCGAGCUGAACUAGUGACGCAAGCUGAUGAGGUGACGCAAGCUGAGGAGGUGAAGCAUGCUGAGGAGGUGAAGCAUGCUGAUGAGGUGAAGCAUGCUGAUGAGGUCAAGGAAGCUGAGGAGGUCAAGGAAGCUGAGGAGGUCAAGGAAGCUGAGAAGCUGAAGCGUGCUGAAUCUUUGAAGAAAGCCGCCACUCCCGAAAGCCAACCAGCGUUGGAGCCGACAGGGCGGGAUCAAGCGGGCCGGAAAGGAUUAGCUGCGGCUACGUCGGAGCCGACGGUUUUGGCGACGUCGCAGUCGGUGCCAUCUUUGGCGGAGCUGAUGGAGGUGGCGGGUGGCUCGUCGAGUACGUCGUCCCGGAGCGGGUAUUCCUCCUCCGACGAAUCUGUAGGGCCGGCUCAGCCUCGGCCGGCUCAGCCUCAGCCGACUCAGCCUAAAGUGGUCCGGCCGGCAGUUCAGUCGGAGAUGGUGCGGCCGGCCCCGGCGGCCGGGUCGCGGCGGCGGUCUUCAGUUGUGGCGCAGGACGUAGUCAUUUCUCCGGCGGCGUCUCCGAGAGCAGGAAGGCCUGUGAGCGAGUUGAAGAUCGCGGCUCAGGAGCUGCCGGUCAUGGGUUCGAUUCAAGCGGACGCCGGUGGUCUGACGGCCCUGAACACCGCGACCAAACUUGGUGGGAGCGGCAAGGGGAGUGGCCAGGGGGCGGGUAAGGCGGGUCCGGUAGGCCCUCCUGACCCGGUCCAAAGGCACCAAGCAGCGGGCGAAGGGCCGGAUGAGGGGAGUGUGGUGGAGGGUCGGAGAGAGGCGUUGCGGUCGCACGCGCGUCGUAUGACGGUAAAAUUACAAGAGAGUGAGCGCGAGCGGCGGGUGCGAGAGUUAUUGGAGUCGGGCCAGAAGCGGUUGAGUGCGGCACGGCGGGCGUGGAAGGAGGAGUGGCUGGAGUCAGAGGGGUUCCGGCGUGUGGUGAAUGACUGUGAUGUGGAAGGCAUUCGGGUUUCGAGUGCGAUUUUGCGCAAGAUUGAGGCUCAGAUUGAGCGGUGUGAAGCGGUGUUGACUCGGGGUAAGGUGGCUGACGUAGCGUUGGCUCAGGUAGGUAUGGGUUGUCUGGCGGCGGCGGUGGAACGAGUCUUUGUGCGUCGGGGGCGUUUCGCACUCGCGUGUGCGUUUGUGAAAUUGGGAAGACAUAAACACACGUGUGUGCCGGAACGUUUUACUAGAGCUUUGGUUGGGGCACUUGAGCGUGUGCGGAAGACACGGCUGCUAGCUGGUUGGAGCAGGUUUGCGUGUUUACCUGAUCGCGCAAUCCACUACUCACGUCAAACUCCGCCCUGGCUCUGUUCCACACGUCGCCGAGCGCCAUUCGCUGAACUCGACGAGGCUCACAACCCCAUCCGUGUCAUCACGCCCAGCGGUGUACUCGCCUACCAAAUGUUCGGUCGCGCAGGGAAGAAACAUCACUCGCGCGCCGAUGAUCAGGGACUGUACCACGACGUAGAAAGUCAGUCGCGACGUGGCCGGAAAGGUGGUCACCAUCGCGAGUCGCUGCAAGAUUUGUUAGACAACAGCGAGGAUGAAGAACUAGGGGAUAAGGAAGCAGCCGAUUUGGUCGAAGAAUACGACCUUUGGGAAAUACGCACACUCAAUGCUUGGCGUCGCACACUCGGCCAGAUCUUGCGGAAAUGUGAAGGUGGCGCAGACGCCCCGGGUCUCGGCCUCACACCGGGCUUCACCCCCGGUCUCGGCUUCACGCCUGGCAUGAUCCUUGCACCUGGCGGCAGCGGAUUCCGACCCGAAGGAAACUCCAAGUUUUACCCCGGGAUAGAAGAGGAGUUGUCUUCCAGCGGGAUGCCAGCGGAAGAAGAGAUCGAGGACCUCUUGAGGCGCUUACAGGCAGCAGAAAUAGACAGGCGAGUUGUUCAGAAUUUUAUGCCCCAUGUUUUUCUCGCCAGCAAAAGAAGAGUACGGUAG